AAGAACCUUUCAUCUCUAUGCACACAUCAAUUAUCCUGUUAAAUAUUUCCCUGAACGUGCCGAACUACAUACUGCCACGGCAUGUCCGUCAGGGGACUUUACUGACGGAAACACACUUCCGACCGCAUCAGUCUGAGCUCAGGUUAAAUAAGAUGGUGGUUGUUUGCUUUUCGCUUGUAAGUGCGUGUCGGCUCUCCUGUACACCGCAGGCUGUACUGCUGCUGAAUAAUAUAGUUCCUCGACAGCAUACACAGCCCAUGGCCCAGCAGAACAGCGCGAUGUAACUCCAUUACAGGAGCCAUUUCCUUUGAACACUUGAUGCUAACGAGGAAGUGGCGACACGCUGAUUCUCGUGCAAACAACAGCUUCACAACAGAAACUGCGUUCCUGUGCAUGGCUGAGUGACGAGCGGUGCAGAAACACUGCACACAAUGGAUGACAUCGGCGUGUUAAACAGCAACCCGCUGGACGAUUACGAGCUGAUCACGCGCAUUGGGAGCGGCACGUACGGAGAUGUUUUCAAGGCGCGUAACAUUGAGACAGCGAUCAUUGCAGCCAUCAAAGUAGUCAAACUGGAUGCUGGAGAUGACAUUUCAAGCAUUCAGCAGGAGAUUACCAUGAUGAAGGACUGCGUGCACAAAAACAUUGUGGCAUACUUUGGCAGCUACCUCAGAAACAACAAACUGUGGAUCUGCAUGGAGUUCUGUGGAGGAGGGUCACUACAAGACAUCUACCAUGUGACUGGACCCCUGAAAGAGAGACAGAUUGCAUACGUAUGCAGAGAAACACUACAGGGACUACAUUAUUUACAUAUGAUGGGAAAAAUGCACAGAGAUAUAAAAGGAGCCAACAUUCUUUUGACUGAGAGAGGAGAUGUCAAACUAGCGGAUUUUGGAGUAGCAGCAGAAAUCAAUGCAUCUGUUGUGAAGAGAAAGUCCUUUAUUGGUACCCCAUACUGGAUGGCUCCAGAGGUGGCAGCUGUAGAGAGGAAAGGUGGCUAUAACCAGCUGUGUGACAUCUGGGCAGUGGGGAUAACGGCCAUAGAACUAGCAGAACUUCAACCACCAAUGUUCGAUCUACACCCAAUGAGAGCUUUAAUGCUGAUGUCCAAAAGCAGCUUCCAGCCACCCAAACUAAAGGACAAGACCAAAUGGUCCAGAGAAUUCCACUGUUUCAUCAAGAUGGCACUUACCAAAAGUUCUCGGAAGCGGCCCACAGCUGAGAAGCUGCUGCAGCAUGCUUUCAUUACCCAACUCUUGACACGUAAUUUGGUCAUAGAGUUGCUGGACACUGCAAACAACCCUGAUCUUCAGCACUCUCAGACUAUGGAUGACAGCGAUCUGGAGACAUGCAGUGUUUUUCCUGAUAAGAUCACAUCUUUGGCAAAACACUUGCCUGUCAGAAAAAGAGUUCCUGAAGAGAAUUUUGGCAAUGAAACGUUUACAUCAUCCAUGCAGAAAGACAUAGACCUUCGCCCAGAUUCACUGGGAUCCAGUGAUGAAUGGAGUUCUAUUGGCGAUAAGGAGGAAUCUCCAGGUUUACUGGAGUGUGUUGAGGAAGCUUUGCUUGAGAGGAGCUUAACUAUGAAGCGAGCACCCUCGGCUGAGCAGGACUCACCGACAGAAGACGACGACGAUAAAUAUGGCACAGUGAAGAGGGUGGUCCCAAAACCACAGGCAGCUAAAAACCAUUUCUCUGCAAGUCAGGCUAAAACUGCCUCUCCAAGUACUUCUCCUCUCAUUGGCUCAACACCCGUCAAAGAUGCUAACCCUUCUCUUCUUAACGACUCAACGUUGCGGGUUGGCUCAGCAGUUUCUGACCUUUCCCUUCCCACAGACAUCUCCCUCUGCAGUGACUCCUCGUUCUUAACUGAUUCCCCUAGCCUGGGCUCCCAGUGCAAGACUCCAACCGAUGAUUUCAUAAUGGGAAGCUCCAUCGCUGUUGAGCAAGGACGGAACUCUCUUCCCCGGCAGCCACUUUCACCUGAAUGGAGCACGCUUAGAAGGAAAACCGAAUUGUCUAAAGAUGGUGUUCAUGGACUGCCACCUACACCUCAAGUGCAUAUGGGGGCCUGUUUCUCCAAGAUAUUCAACGGCUGUCCUUUGAAAAUUCACUGGGCUGGCACUUGGGUUUUACCAAAGACUAGAGACCAACAUCUUAUCCUUGGUGCAGAGCAGGGCAUUUACACUCUUAACCUUAAUGAGCUUCAUGAGGACACUAUGGAGAAGUUGCUCCCACAGAGAUGCAGCUGGCUAUAUAUCAUGAACGAUGUGCUAAUGUCUGUCUCAGGAAAGUCCUCACAGCUGACUUCUCACAGUUUACGUGCACUUUUUGAGCACCGUGAAAGCAUGCAACGGCGCCAAGGUCACCUGUCAAUUAACGCCCACCGUCUGAGUACAAGAAUCAAUUCAAGGAAGUAUGCCAUGUCUGUGAAGAUCCCAGACACUAAGGGCUGUAGAAGGUGUAGUGUUGUAAGGAACCCGUAUACGGACAGCGUUUUCUUGUGUGCAGCAGUGCCAAGCGGUCUGGUUCUUCUGCUGUGGUAUGACCCAAUGCAGAAGUUCAUGCAGCUUAAACAUAUACCUUUGAAUCUGCCUGAGUCUUUGCCAAUCUUUGAGCUUCUGGUGAAGGAGAGCGAGGAACUUCCUCAACUGUGUGUGGGGGUACACUGCAAAAAUCACAACUCUGGAGAUACAAUGGAUCAUUUAGAAUUUAAUAUCGUCCCUCUUGAUGACACACCUAGAGAACACCCAGCUGGUGAGAGUCUAGAACUGAAACAAGUAACUCAACUGGAUAGAGACAGAGUCCUCGUAGCCCUCAAAGACACUGUGAAAGCUGUAGAUCUAAACGGCUGCUCUAGCAAAGGCUUGGCUUCAGAACUCACCUUCGGUUUUUCAAUAGAGACACUUGUGUGCUUGCAGGAUAGUGUUCUUGCUUUUUGGAAACAUGGCCUUAAGGGAAAGAGCUUACAAAGUGGCGAGGUAGUGCAAGAGAUUACAGAUGAGAGUCGUGUCUUCCAGGUGCUGGGGACAAAUAAGGAUAUCAUCUUACAAAGCACGCCCACGGCUGACCCAUCUGCCAUGAGCAACUUGUAUAUUCUUACUGGCCAUGAGAGCAGCUUUUAAUGCAACUCAGGAACUUUCAAAUGAAUCUGCACUCAUGAAGGCAUUUCUGUCCUCUACAACAAAUGAUGAGUGUGGGUUGGCCUCAGAUCCCAUAGGGGAGACAGUCGGCAUCAUUCUGCCAAUAUGAGAAGACCUACAGCUUCAUGUAAAUGCAGGAAGAGGAGGAUAGAAACUGAGCUGCCGCAGACACUGAACCAACAACAAAUCAUCAGAGAGCUAAAAAGAUGAACUAAAGUUUAUUUCACUUUAGGACAAAUGACAAAAUUAGGCAAAAGUACGGGUUUGUUUGUACAGUAUAGAAACACAGUUUAAUUUAUUGUAGCAGAUAAGACUGAUAGCAUCAUCUCACAGUAAUGCUUCUCUUGUUGACUGUUUUACUGAUAGAUGUACUGCAGAAAAUUUGACUGUCUUUGGUGGUACAAUUGUAGAAUGGUACGUGUUUUGGUGUGUGUCUCGUAGGCAGCAGAGUGUGAGCCUCAUUGAUCAUCUGGUCAGAGAAAUAUAGUUGUUGAUUUCUUAUUCUGAAAAAUAAGAAUUUCCACUGCACUGUGAAAAUUAGGAUGUAGAUAUUAAGAGAGUAUUAAAACCUAUAAUGUUGUUUGGAAUGUU